AUGUCGACGUUGUCGCUAGCGCCGCCGUCGCCGCCCACCCCGGUGAUCUGCGGUGCAGAUAGCGGAGACGGAGAUGGAGCCCAGCGCAGGGUGCAACAACAACGAGUGCUGCAGCAACGAAAAGAGGAAGUGGCGCGUCUCGAAGCCACCUUGGCACGGGAACGGGUCGACAACGUCAACUCGCUGAACACCCUUCGAGCGUCGCUGCAGCGCGAGCACCUGCUGCGCACUACGGCGGAGAAGGGGCGACAGGCCGCUCAGGCUGAGGGCAGGCACCUGCGCACCGCACUCCGGGCACUCCUAGCUCAGAUACCAAACAACAGCAGCACCGGAUCGCUGUCAUCGACAGUACCUGUCUGCCUUUACGAAGAGGCGCGCCGCCUUCUCCUGCGAUGUGAAAGGACGUUCGCGGAGCUUAAGGCGCUCCAGUUGCGCUCAACCGACCCCGCAGGCCUCGAGGUACUCCGCCGGUAUGACAUUCCGGUGCUCGACGAGAUCCCGCCUGCGUGGCCGCCUGGGACGCCGCAGCGCAGCGGCAAAGAGGAAGAGGUCCAUGCGGCCGGCGUCACGCGUGCUGAUGGUGGCCCGAACUCUACUACGGCAGCACGUGAGAAGGCAGCUUCUGGCACUACUCUAUUCCCGAUGGAGGAGACGCUGACCGGGCUUGAGAUAUCGGAGCUGACUACUCUCUCGCCUGACACACCGUGCAGCCCGAGCCCGGCAACGCGGCAGGUGAGGGCGGUCACAGCAGCUUGUGAGGCUUCGGAGAAAUGGUGUGAGAAGGGGCACGGACCCCCUGCCCAUACCUCGUCAAACGGCAUGGCCAAGUCUGAUGUCGGAGGGGAAACCCUCAGCCCCGACGGUCGUCGUCGUUCACGGCCUGCCCUCCUCAGUCCCCCGCUGCCAUCGUCGGAAACCAGCGCCGCGAAGGUUGUGCAGCCGUGGAUGGGGCCCAUGCACAAGUUCGCCGGGUCGAAGCUCCUUCUUGCCGCCACGCCGUCGCAGGAGCUCCACGCGGAGCACCACACGCAGCUCAGCGAGUUGGGGCGAGAGGACACGAUUUGCGACAUGGAUCACCUUCUCCGGUCUUUGGCAGAAGAGAUCGCAACGCUGGCCACGAGCCAAGGGCUCCGCACUGCGUCCGAGGUGGCAGCGCUGUGUCGCCGCUGCGGACUGCACUAUGUCGACGCCGCGUUUCUUCCCGUGCCGGAGACGCUUGGCUUCAACAGGAGUGGUGCCUGCUGCGGCUACGAUGCAGACCGGCGCACAUCGUUUGUGGUAGAAUGGCGCCCCCGCGACGCCGUCGUGCCUCGUGGUAGGAAAGCGGAGCUGCUGACGAGCGCCGGGAUUGACCCAGACUCGCUGCGCUGCGGCCUACUGGGCGACAUUGGUGUUGUUGCCGCCUUGGCUGCACUUGCCGAGUCUGCUGGUGCGGUGAUGAGCGUGCUGGCAAGCACGACGGGCGAGGACGAGGAUAAUGGUGUCUACGUCGUCUGGCUGUGCGUGCAUGGCUGGUGGACGCGCGUCACGGUCGACGCGUAUCUGCCCUGCGUCAUCGAGGAAAACAGGCCUGUCGACCUGUACGGAUGCAGCAGUACUACCACCUACGACCUCUGGGCCCCGGUUUGUGAGAAAGCGCUAGCCAAAGUGCUGUGUGGCUACCACCCGCUCUGCAGUCUCUCGGCGGAGACGGCGAUUGGCAACUUCACGGGAGGGCCGGUCGAGUGCUGGGACUGGUGGCACAGGCGCAGCAACACGGCGCUGGAGGAGAUGGAGGCGGCUCUCAACACAAACGCACGCGGCGCGGGCAUCGUGCUACUCUCCACUUUUUCAACGGCGGCCCUGCGCGACACAUCUACGAGGUCGGUGGCUGGGGCUGGGGCGCAUGCGGCCUACCAGCGGCUCGGGCUUCGACCUGGCACGCCGUACCGGGUGCUGGCCGUGGCUGAUACUGCAGAGGGUGAGCCGAUGGUCCUCCUGCGCAACUGGACACGAAGGUGCGAGCAGCGGGAGAGCGAUCAGGCGUGCUGUCUCUUUGAUCGCGAUCCGGCCGUCGGCGGCGGUGACCGUCGCAAUAUUUCGCCGCGGCGGGACAGCAAUGACGGCACUGCUGCCGCGAAGGGAUGGCUGACAAGGCCGCUGUCGCAGUCGAGUCCCGCUUCGAGUCAGUGCGACUCGUGUGUGUGGCUGAGCUAUACCAAAGAAGUGCUACCCUACUUCGAUGGGUGCCACGUGUGCUUUGAUUGCCGCCGUUAUCACGACCUUCGCGUUCCGAUUGCGUUCUCCGGCUCACAGCCGGCCAUUCCAGCGCAGCUGGUUCGUGUCCGUGUUCAGGAAGGUCUUGCGAGGCCGCCGCACGGGGUGACGCGCUGCCCUACACGGCUCUGGAUCGGGCUACACCAGCCAUUCUCCAGCGUCGACACCAGCGAUGCUGCUCCCGCUUCCUUUCCGUGGGGGCUGAAGAUGACCCUGGUGGGUCAAGAAGAAGCACCAGCCCCCUUUGGGGAAAGCGGCGGUUGUGCGCGUCCUGCGCGCCGGUCAUACAUCUUGUCCGAGUCCUUCUUGGGCGAGCCAAAGGAGCUACCAGCAGUGUGGAUGUACUUGGAACUGGAGCCAGUCACCAACAGCGCACCUCAUCUUGUCACGGAUCUCAAACAUGAGGACGCCGCUGCAGUAACUACGACAACGGAGUUCUUCGUUGUGCCGCAGAUGGAAUGGAUCGUGAGAAAGGACAGGGCACACACCGGCCACGAUGAUGACGGACUCGGCUCUCUCGGGUGUGACGUACCCUCUGUUCAGCAUUGGCGCGGUGUAGGGCAAGCGAGUCAGCGCAGGCACUUCGGCAAGAGUGCUGCACCGCAUAGCGGCCAAAGCGGCUGCUCAGGUGAUGCGGAGAGAGCGGUAUGGUACCAAGGCAGUCAUCACCAUCCCACCAGCAUAGCUGAACACUCAUUCGACAACGCCACGACAGCAAUCGUGGCGGUCUUGGCAGAGCGCAGGGAGUCGGUGCUGGUGGACGUCGUCGACGCGCCGGAGGAGCUGCGCGCAGCUAUGUAUCACGACGUAUUGGAUCGCAUCGACUUCUCUGAUUGUACCGGCUCAGGGGGCAGUGGCCAACGCCACACAUCCCACCUGUCGCAAAGAAGCGCUGCUAAAGUACCGGGAGAGGUGCGCUGCCAGGUGAAUGGGCGCUGCCUGCCAACGUUUUCCUGGUGA